UAUGGCUGCAAGAGACGCGAGAUGGUGAGAGUUUGCUUGAAUAAAAUUAAACAAGUAUAUCCAUAGUACCUCUUAUCUGACGUUCAUUAGUCUAAUAACAGAAACGGCGUAUGUUAUUUUCAUAUUUGGAGCUAUUUGGUUCAGUAUUUUCUCUGAAACGAGGAGGAUUAACAGGAGAACCCAUCAGCUGCCUUCAUUCAGGAAACAACAUCCCUAGUUUAUAAAGUAAACAAGCGGCGCUCUUCCAAAAAUGGCGAAAAUGUACCACAAAGAGAAAAGCAUCCAGAUAAAGAGCAGCGCGUCCGCGCUCUACAACAACCUGAGCGUCCUGCGCAUCGCGCCGCGCUGUCUCACCUAUUUCACGGUGGUCCACGCCAACGUGGUGAACAUGGUCAGCGCCUCCUGGGACGGGCUGAACUAUUCCCACCGACAACUGCAAUCUAAAGAGGGCAACGUGGCCACCAGCUCCUCACUUAUCAUGCAGGCAGCCUGGUGUGUCCUGCCCUCAAGAGAUCUUCUUGUUCUCACCUCUCAGAAGGGAAUCCAGAUGUAUGAAUCGGAUGGAUCCAUUAUGGUCUAUUGGCAUGCACUGGACACACCAGAGACCCCUACUGCGAAGGCAGUGUUUGCCCGAGGAAUUGCAGCAGUGCGGGAAAAAUAUAUUUGUGUAGGGGUCUCAUUUGGCUCAGUGCUUGUGUUUGAUGUUCCCAGUAAAGGCAGUAACAUCACCCUGUCUGAGGUUUUGGAGGAACACAAAGAGGCAAUCACAGACAUGGCCUCUGAGUGCUCAGGCAAUCUGGAGUGUAUUGCUGAUUUAGUUAGUGCUGAUGACUCUGGCCUCCUCUGUGUGUGGAAAUCAGGAGAAGAUUUUCAACUGCUCAACAAGAUCCCUGGUUUUGACACGAGUUGUUCUUCAGUAAAACUCUGGAAGGGCACAGUCAUUGCAGGCUAUGGGACGGGACAGAUCCGUCUGUAUGAGGGGGUCACAGGUAUACUGCAUGCAGAGGUCACUGCCCAUGCACGAUGGAUCUACUCGCUGGACAUCGCCCCGGUCACUGGACUGCUGAUCUCUGCAGCAGAAGACUCCUGGGUUAGAGUGUGGCAUCUGAGCUUGACUCCAGAGACUAAUAGUGUAGAGAUUGAGCACAUGUACAAUGAGUGUGUGACUGAUACACAGAUCUGUGGAGCCAAGUUCUGUGACGGGGAUGGCUACGCCUUUGCAGUGACUGGCUAUGACUUGAGUGAGAUCAUCCGCUACACGCAAGCCUAGUCAGGAAUACAGCAUGCACUUCUAAGACAGUCCCAUUGGGCAUAUGAGGAUCGCCUGCAGAAGGAAGGUCAUGUCUUGACAAUAUAUUGGUGAAUAUAUUGGUGUGCAGUCAUGAUAGUCAGGGUCAGGCUGGAGUGAAUGUUCUUCUAACUUCUUAGGC